UAUCACAAUGGACGUCUCACCAUGUGGGGCUAUAUCCCCUCGGAACUCUAUCGCAAUUGACCUCUCACCAAAUGGGCCUUGGAGCUCUAUCGAAAUGGACCUCUCACCAAGUGGGUCGCUAUCUCCUUGGAGCUCUUAUCACCAUGUACGUCUCAAUGUGGGGGUAUAUCCCCUCGGACCUCUAUCACAGCGGGCCUCUGACCAAGUGGGCCUUGGAGCUCAAUCGGAAUGGACCUCUCACUAUGUGGGCCUUGAUCCCCUUGGACCUCUCACCAAGCGCACCUUUAUCCCCUUGAACCUCUACCUCUAUCACAAUGGACCUCACCAAGUGCACGGCGCAUACAUGCACGCAAUUUGAAACACUGACAAACUGGGCGCAUAUCAACAUUGCAUCAUACAAGUUGGAGUCUGUGUUUUCAAACGUCAUUUUAAGACAUUUAUUCUGCAUUGUUUUAUAGCUUCAUACGUCCAUUUGGUGGCGAUUAUAUAAUUUUACCAUGUGAUAGCGAAAACUAUUGUGCAGAUGAACGUAUAAGUUUUAAAAUAUAAGCAGAUUAAUAAAAAAAAUUGUCAUCAGUUUUUCGAUUACCGACACAUAUAAUAAGUCGAUGUCGCACUUUUCACAGAAAUAGAAAAUACUAUAUUUCUUAAACCAUAUGCACCAAUCCUAUAUCUUUCAGCUCUUGUGCAAAGACAUGGCUGAAUAAACUUCAAA